AUGUCUUUGCUCGGUGAUCGAAAGAAUAACCCAGUGUUGCAGAAAGCUGGCAUUAUUGGAGGCGCCACAGCAGCUGUUCUUGGUCUUCUUGCAUUAAAAUACCCAGACCGUGGUAUUUUUGACGAACACCGAGAAGGCAUCCCAUAUACCAAAGGCUGGCCUUUGGUUGGCAUUCUUCCCACCCUCAUUGCCAAUAAGGAACGAAUCCAUCACAUGUUCUUGGAAGGCUUCGAAUUACAGGAUGCAUUGACCUCCACAUCAUCGGCACUUGGUAUUCCUCGUAGUAUCGUGACGAUCGACCCACGCAACGUUGAAAGGAUUUUGAAAGACAACUUUGAAAACUAUGUCAAAGGACCCCAAUUCAGCCAUGCAACUACCGACCUUCUCGGCCAUGGUAUCUUCAACGCCAAUGGUGAACAUUGGAAAUAUCAACGUAAAACAGCCUCGGUCGUGUUCAAUGUGAGAAACUUCAGGGACCACUUCACCGACGUUUUCAUUCAGGAAAUCAAUUUCAUGAACAAGUUGAUCUUUGACAAGGCUUGCGAAGAUGGUCAGCCUGUUGAUUUCCAUGAUGUCAUGUUCAAGUUUACUUUGGACUCAUUCAUCUUGCUUGGUUUUGGCGUGCAGCUUAACGCUCUUAGCAGCAAGGAAAAGGUGCCGUUCGCUGCUUCCUUCGACGAAUGCCAAAUGAAUUCUUUCCAACGCUUUGUCAAUCCUCUUUGGCCUGUCACCGAGAAAAUCCAGAAUUUGAUGCAUCCUUGGAAGCAAUCUAUCCAAGACCAUUUAAAUGUCAUUGAUUCCUUUGCCAACGAUGUUAUUGAAGGUCGCCGUGCUCAACUCGCCAAAGGUGAAGUACACCAUGAUUUGCUUUCACGUUUCAUGAACGCCUUAAACGAACACGGUGAAGAGCUCAGUAACGCCGAGUUGCGUGAUAUCGUGUUGAACUUUGUUAUUGCCGGAAGAGACACAACAGCCCAAGCAUUAUCAUGGACCUUCUAUAACCUUUGCUGCCACCCUCGCAUUGAAUACAAGCUUGUUCAAGAAAUCAAUGAAUUCAUCACCGACGACGUUGAAGGUGAUGCUCGUGCACUUUACGAAAAGAUCAAGGAUAUGAAAUACGCUCAUGCAUUAUUUUACGAGGUACUACGUCUUCAUCCAUCCGUACCAGCAAACCAAAAAUAUGCACUUAAUGAUGAUGUAUGGCCUGAUGGUACCAACAUCAAAAAAGGCGACUACGUGGUCUGGGAUCCUUGGGCUCAAGGUCGCUCUGAAAAAGUAUGGGGACCUGAUGCAAAGCAAUUCAAACCCGAACGAUGGAUUACUCCCGAAGGUGAAUUACGUAGAGAAUCACAAGGACAAUGGCCUGCUUUCCAUGCUGGUCCACGUACUUGCCUUGGUCAAAACCUUGCUACUCUUGAAGCUCUUGUUGCUAUCAUCUUUUUGCUCAGACGCUAUGAAUUCACUUUGGUUCCUGGCCAAGAGAUCACAUACCAAGUAUCCCUUACUCUUCCUAUGAAGAAUGGCAUGAACCUUUAUGUCAACAAGCGUGCCACUUCCACAUAA